AUGUACGGUUUUCGUGGUUCAGAAGAUGGUGAUAUAAGAUUAUUAUUUCAAAAAAAUAAGAAAUAUAAUAUUACUUUAGAAAAUGGAAAAGUUGUCAAUUACUUUACUAUUAAACCGACAUCAAAACCAUUACCAUUAAGUAAACCAUCAAAAAGAGAAGCAAUUAAACAUUUAUUCAAUAUUUCAAAACAUGGAUUUAGAAAUAAAUCAAGAAAUCCUCCAAGAUCAUUGUUAUUUGGCACUUCUAUAGUAAAUGAAGAUAAAGGGAAAGAAAAAGGAGAACAAAAGCAAGAGCAAAAUAUAGGAGAACAAGAUCAAGAAGAAGACAUGAGAGAAGACCAAGAAGAAGAAAAAGAAUUGGAAGUUAAUAUGAAAUUAUAUGAUUAUUCAAUUAAUGAAGAUAGUUGGGUCCAAAUGCAAAGAGAAAGAGAAGAAAGAAUUAUGGAAAUGAGUAGAGGAAGUUUAUUAUAUGCAAAUUCUAUUGAUGUUGAAGAUGUAAUUUUAGAUACUCCAUUAACACCUCCACAAGUUGCCGGUACAGCUGGUUUAUAUUCAAAUCAAGGAAAAAUGUAUACUUCAAUUUAUCAACAUUCAAAUGUUUGGGAAUCUAAUGCUGGUUUAGAUAAUAGUAGUAAUAAAUUAUCAAAUUCUACAAAUCAAUAUAAAUCAGAUGGAAAUGAUUAUGAACAUCAACCAAUUUCAGUCCAAGAUUUAAAUACUGAUGCUGAAGCUGUUGCACCAUCAAAUUACUUCAAUAAAUAUAAUGGUGUCCAAUCAUUAGAUGAUUAUCAAUAUAAUCCAUGGUUGAAUUAA